AUGAGACAGAUACCUUUGGCAGCCCAGAGAUGGGGCAGCCGACUGUCUAUCUACCGGGCUGCUCGAUGGCAGCCAGUCCCAUCGUCGGCUCAUAGCAGACACUGUUCAUGCUCUGCCCAGGCAGAGACUAAGACACCCGGUAUAAGACAGGCCUCUGCAACUCUAGCAGAUCACAGAGCCUUGGGUACGGCCCAGGAGCUCUUCACCAACUCCAUCUACAGCCCAGGAUCCCCCCUCUUCCGUCCCAAUGGCACACACAUCCUCAACAAGCUUAUCUCCUUUCUCCGCGCGCAAUACAGACAGUACGGCUUCCGCGAAGUUCUUACGCCGAAUAUAUAUAAACAGUCGCUGUGGGAAGUAUCGGGGCAUUGGCAGAAUUAUAAAGACGACAUGUACGAAGUUGGUGGCCGAGGAAACACCGCUGAAGCUACUGAGGAUGAGACGUACGGCUUAAAACCUAUGAAUUGCCCAGGGCACUGUCUUUUGUUCAAAUCUCAAAAGCACUCAUACCGAGAACUCCCUGUUCGGUAUGCAGAUUUCAGCCCUCUCCAUCGCAACGAAGUUUCCGGUUCGUUGUCGGGCUUGACGCGGGUGAGGAGAUUCCACCAGGACGAUGGACACAUAUUUUGUCGUCCAGGACAGAUCGGCGGGGAGAUACAGUUGGCGCUGAAAUUUGCGGACACCGUCCUCCAGACAUUUGGGCUCGCAGAUGGAUAUAGACUUGUCCUUUCUACCCGGCCAGAGAAGGACUUUAUCGGAUGCUUGGAACAGUGGGAGAAUGCGGAACAGCAGCUCCGACAGGCGCUGGAUGAUAGCGGCCUAAGCUGGGAGCUUAACGAGGGGGAUGGUGCCUUCUACGGUCCAAAGAUUGAUCUACAGAUUCAAGAUUCUCAGGGGAAAUAUCAUCAGCUAUCUACUAUACAGUUGGAUAUGAACCUCCCGCAGAGGUUUGAGUUGGAGUAUCUGGUUCCCGAGGGCUCGGAAGAGUACGAUCCAGCCACAGGAGGGAGGGCAACCCCUGUUCUAAUCCAUAGAGCUAUAUUCGGCUCUCUAGAACGGUUCUUUGCGUUGCUAAUCGAACGCUAUAGCGGCCAGUGGCCAUUCUGGCUCUCCCCUCGCCAAGCCAUUCUCCUUACUGUUGGGAAGGGGCUAGAGCAAGCUGCUGAGGACGUGGUGGCCAAGAUAUCCGGGUUUGAACCCAUCACUGCCAGCCGCCCUUCAAAGAGUGGCUUACCUCUGUCACCAUUGCAGCCGACAUUCAAUGUCGAUCUGGAUCUCGCAAGCAGAUCACUUCCUAAGAAAAUUCACGACGCCCAUACCGCGAGAUACAACCUCGUCUUCAUCAUGGGACCUAAAAACCUUGCUAACGGUUCGGUUGAUAUCGACUUUUCUGGCCAAGUCAGCAGCCAGAGUGAAGACGAGAUUAAGGCUCUGCUGGACGGUGUCCCCUGCUGGGAUGUUUCUCUCUCUGCGAAAGCGGGUGAAAGGACGACGGCAAAAAUGAAGAUGAAGGUCGACGAUGUACAUGCCUGGCUUAUCGAGCUAGAGAAGAGAUUCCUAUGA